UUGUCUAACAUUAAAUUUUGAAGAACUUAUUUGGGAAGAUAAAUUAUCAUUAUUAGUCGAUAUUUCGAAGGAUUUAAUUAAAAUUCAUGAAGAAGGAUACAUUCACUGUGAUCUUCAUUCCGGUAAUAUUCUACAACAUAGAGAAGGAUCAUGGUUCGGUCCAUUAAAAUCUUAUAUAUCAGACUUUGGAUUAUCCAGGAAGAAUGAAGAAUACAAUUUAAAAAAUGGAUUUUAUGGGAUUAUGCCUUAUAUUGCACCUGAAGUUUUAGACG